AUGUCUGCAAGCGUUACACCGUUUUUCGGUGCAAUCUCCACCUUUGAUCACCACAACCAAGAUUGGGUGACAUUCCGGAGCAGGCUGCAGCAAUGGUUCAUUGCAAAUGAACUGGAUAAAGAGUCGGACAAGGCGGGCGUUAAGCGUCGCGCCAUCUUGCUCAGCGCACUCAGCGACGAAUCUUACCAACUGGCGAGUAACCUCGUGCUACCAAAGACCUUGGACGUCGUGGACUACGAGGACAUCGUGAAGGCGUUGGACCAGCACUUCACACAGAAGCGCUGUGGCUUCGCCGAGAGACGUCACUUCUACGUGGCAGUGCAGCAGCCGGGCGAGUCGCACGCGCAGUGGGCCGCGCGGCUCCGGGGCCUCGCUGCGCACUGCAAGUUCAAGAACCUAGAGGAGGCCCUCCUGGACAAGUUCGUGAUGGGGAUGGCGCCGGGAGCCGAGCGGGAGAAGCUAUUCUCGAUGGACAUCGAGGAGCUGACGCUGGCGAAGGCGGUGGAGCUGGCGAGCAGCGUGCGCACGGCGCGCGCCGCCGCCGCCGCCGCCGCCGCGCCGCCAGCCGCCGCAGCUUCCGAUGCAGUGUUUAAAAUCGACAAGGGUCGAGACCCUGAUAGGUCCAGUGUUCCUUCGGAGGAAAAGUGUAGUGUGUGUGGUCGAAAGAGCCAUAAAGCCAAUGUGUGUCGAUUCGCAAAAUUUAAAUGUACCAAGUGCAAUCAGAGAGGACAUCUGAGAAGGAUGUGUAAGACGGUCAAAUAUUUGGAGGCUGAAGCUAACAGCGAGGGUGACGAUGUCCUUACAGAAUGAUAAUCAUGGCGGAAUCAUACGGAAAGACUUCCUACCGGGAGAUGUUGUAUUGUUCAAACAAUAUAUUAAUAAAAAUAGAUUCCAUUGGACUAAAGGAAUUAUUUUAAAGAAAGAGGGAUC